AGGCGAAAUAGCGGACCCUUCGACCCCAACCCUAUCCAUACAGACGAGCGAACAAACAAACUUAAUUAUAUACUAUGUAUUCAAGAAAAGCAAACGGAUUUUUGUUUAUCAAUGCAGCUCAUAGCACGUGGAGGGGAGCAGGGCGAGUCAGAAUAAAAAUUGAAAAGGGAGGUUACGCAAUACUACGUCCGCUCUCCUGUCAGGUGACCUGUCAUGUGAUCUAGUCUGCAUGCACAGGUUCUUUCAAAAUACGUUAAAUGACAGAUCGAAUCUAGAGUGACCAAGAAUCAUGAAUCAGUAAGUAAUUCUGACAGAACUAAUUGUUUAAGCUAGGAAAAUGGUCCUUUGCAGGGCUCUCGUCUAUUUGUUACUGCUUGCCAGUGGUUGGUUGGGAAUUAAUGGAGAGUUAACCUUUGGCCUCAAUGGGCAGUGGAAGGUAACCAAUGCAAAUGGCAGUAUUUCCAUUCCUGGGCAGGUUCCAGGGAGUGUUCACACGGCCCUCAUUGCAGCAGGUAUCCUGUCUGAUCCUUACUACCGAUUCAAUGACGAUCUCUAUAAAUGGGUGGCCAGGGAUAACUGGACCUACACUUUCAACUUCGCUGUUACAAGUGACUUCACUAAUAAACACAACGUGAAGCUUGUGAGUAAAGGCCUUGAUACAAUCGCAGAUGUCACUUUGAAUGGCAUUCUGAUCGGUUCAUCAACAAACAUGUUUGUACACCAUGUGUGGGACGUAAAACAUGCCAUAAAGGUUGGAGAGAAUGUCAUCCAAGUGGCCUUUCUGUCACCCAUCACCUACUCUGCUACCAGGUCUAGGGAGUAUCCCUAUGAUGUACCCCCCGACUGCCCCCCUCCCGUCCAGCAUGGGUUCUGUCAUCCAAACUUCAUCAGAAAAGAGCAGUGCUCCUUCUCCUGGGAUUGGGGGCCCGGCUUCGCCCCUAUCGGGAUCUGGAAAGAUGUCUAUUUGGAAGCUUUUGAUGAUCCUAUUCUCAGAGAUGUGGUCGCCAUUCCUUAUGAAGUUGGCACUCCGAUUCCGUCCUGGUGGAUGAAUGUUACCAUGAACUUUGACCUUGGGAACUUGUCCUCCAAUGAGAGCGUGGAUGCAACCAUCAUUAUAUGGUUUCCUACCUUGCAUUACCAGUUCACCUUUGCCAUCACGCUUGAUAUUGAUCAUGAACAGAUCAGCAAGCAAGUGUCUGUGCCACAGGCGCAAACAUGGUUUCCCCAUGGAUAUGGCCCUCAGCCCCUCUACUCCCUCAAUGUCACCUUGAAGAUACCGUCGGGUGAGACGAGCUGGAGGUCGAUGAAGGUCGGAUUCAGAAAGGUGGAGCUUGUGCAGGAAAAGAUUGCUAAUAGUACAGGUUUAUCCUUCUACUUCAAGAUCAACACCAUUCCAAUGUUCAUCAAGGGAUCAAACUGGAUACCAGCCGAUGCCUUCCAGGAGCGCAUCACCCCCGGCAACCUGUCCCGCCUCCUCCAGUCAGCCGUUGAUGCUAACAUACACACCCUCCGAGUGUGGGGAGGGGGCGUCUACGAGCAAGAUGAAUUUUACGAGCUCUGUGACGAGCUUGGUAUUAUGGUGUGGCAGGAUUUUAUGUUUGCCUGCGCUAUGUAUCCGGUAGAUGAACCCUUCCUUUCAUCCGUCACAGAGGAAGUCCAUUAUCAAGUGCGUAGACUGAGUAACCACCCGUCUGUGAUUGCAUGGAGUGCAAAUAAUGAAAAUGAAGGGGCUUUGAGACAAGACUGGUAUAACACCAGCAGGAAUUUCACCUUGUAUGAUAACGACUACGUAACUCUCUACAUUGGUGUGAUACGAGAAAUAGUCCUGUCCAAAGCGACUGGUCUACCUUUCUUAAGUUCCAGUCCCUCCGACGGCCAACUGACCGAGAUGCAGGGAUGGGUGGCCAAGGACCCGACCUCUGUUUAUUACGGCGAUGUCCACUACUACAACUAUAAUGCCGAUUGUUGGAAUAUAUCCAGCUUCCCUAAGCCUCGCUUUGCCUCGGAGUACGGAGUCCAGUCCUGGCCCUCGUUCCAGACACUUAGCCCUGUUUCCAUAGCAACGGACUGGUCCUACACCAGCACAUUCAGUGACCACAGACAGCACCAUACGUUUGGUCAGUCCCAGAUGUUAGCUCAGAUACAGAGGCAUUUCAACCUACCAUCGUCCAAAGACCCCCUCAUCUACUUCAAGAAUAUGCUCUACUUAACACAAAUCUCCCAAGCAUUAUGCAUCAAGUUUGAGACGGAGCACUACAGACGUCUUCAGAGCAUCUUAGUCGAUGGCCAGGGUCACUGUAUGGGGGCGCUCUACUGGCAGUUCAACGACAUCUGGCAGGCCCCUACAUGGUCAUCCAUAGAGUAUGGAGGCAAAUGGAAGAUGCUUCAUUACUACGUGAAGGAUUUCUUUUCUCCUGUCCUCGCCUCUGGGAUGAUACAAGGUGGAGAUGUCUAUGGGUAUUCCAUCACAGACAGGGUUAAUCUGGUCAAUGCUAGCUUUGUCACAUCAGUUUGGUUGUGGACGGAUCUGAAAGCGCGGUAUCAGGUUACUAAUUAUUUUUCACAGAAUAUUUCAUCAUCAAAGAUGGUCAUCAAAACACCCCUCAAUGCAGGCCUCCUACAGAAAGCAGGGUGUGGUCAUCAGGACCCCCUCCUCUCGUGCUUCAUCACCAUGGCGAUCUAUCAUAGUAACUCCACCCAGCUCUCUCCGACCAACCCCAUCUUCCUGGCAUCCUUCAGUGAAGUGGUAGGACUCAAAAAGCCAACCAUCAAAAUCUCUUCUGUCAGCAAAGUGGGAUCAGACGAGUUUCUCGUCACCCUCAAAACAAGCACAAUCGCUCCGUUCACCUGGCUGGAUAGCGGCAGUCUUAGAGGGCGCUUCUCGCAAAAUGGCUUCCUCAUGAUGACGCCCUCAUUGUCCGUGUCUUUCUUUGCUUGGGAGCCAACGUCCGCUGAAGAGCUCACCAAGUCACUCACGGUCUCAUCCCUAAUGGAUUUGUAUUAAACAAACUUACGAGAACCAUGUUAGCACAUUAUAAUAAUAAGAUUCCGUUCUUGUAUCAUGCAUAUCACAUUAUAAUGUUCCUAUGAGCUUCCAAAGAGCUUUUGGAAGUUAUUACCCAAGCUUAAGCCAUUAUCAGCCCAGGGUGCAUUUUGAGGAAUAAUCCUAUCAGGUACCCAUUUACCUCACCUGGGUCAAGUGUGGCAAAUGUAGAUAAAUGUCUUGCCAAAGGACAUUAGUGCUGCAGCGGGACUUGAAUCGCCAACCUUGUGAUCCACAGUCCAGUGACAUAUCAACUUGACCACGACACCUCUACACGCUUGUAUCCAGUUAAACCCAAAUUAAAUCCAAUACUGGGCUACCAAUAAGACCUUGGUUGUUGUUGAUGGUGGUGUAGUGUUAAAUCUUGCAAUGUAAUUUCUAAACAACUUAAUUUUUCUCCAUCCUAUUUUUGAAUGUUUACUUCUCUUUUAUUCCUUGCAAUAUUCAUUUUUGAAUGAUUGAUUAAAUCAUCACUGAAUGAUGGAUUCCAGUGCAAUACCUUUUUCUUUGAGUUUCCAAUUUCAUGUGAUUUCAGUGUCACCCUGCUGUUUACUUGCUUUAUUGUUUUGUCAUAUAAGUGAUACAAAUCUGCAUAGUUGCCAACCAUUCCUAUUUGGGAAGAAUGAUUCCCAGUUUUCCGCCUUCAAACUAGUGUUCUAUAUAUCUACCUAUCUAUAUGUUCCAUAUCAUGGAGACCAUAGGGGUCACAGAUUCUACAUAACUUUCUGUCUUCAGCUGUUCUAGUUAGCUGCUUAAAUGACUUUCCUGUCCACCGGGUAAUGUUAACAGUCCAUGUCCUAGUUGGUCUGCCCCAUCUUUCUUCCCUCAUUAGUUCCUCUCGUUUACUGAAAACAGCUGUAAAAAUACAGUACCGGUAUAUUCCUAAAUUUGGUUUAGGAGAUUCCCAAAAUUUGCUGCGAAAGGUUGGCAGGUAGACACCUCUUCUUUUUAUAUCUUUUUUUUGUAGUAGCUGGUAACAACAUACUGGCUCAAAUACUGUUCUUUUACAUUUUGUUCAAACACCAGAUCAGAUUAAGAGGAGAGAUUUGAUGAUUAUUGCAAUAAAAUGUUCAAAAACCUAUUCAGUGAUUUUUGAAAGAAUUAAAAAUGGUUCCUUUUCUCAACCAGUCCACCAAAAGUGUACCGGCCUAGUUAUUAUGGUGAGACGUUGUUUAACUUUUGUUAAAAAGGAGAUAAAAUAUGUCACAAACUAUCUGAAAAUGGAAAAAAAUAAAAACUGCAUCAAUAUCUAUUUUUUUGUCUGUUUUCCUCUUACGAAACGAGUUAGUGCUACAGAGUUCAUACUGGUGCUGGUGCAGUGGAUAUUAUAAAUCUGAAUGUAACUUAUCCAUUUGGAAUAUUUUGUUUAACUCUAUGCAAUGUGCUUCUGCAAUGAAAUCAUUGAUAUUGUUUAAAAAAAGUUGUACGAGUAUUUAACUACAUGUCUGUUACAUUUCAUAAGAUCAUGUAUGUAGUUUCAGAAAUAAUGUUCAAAAGUUUUCUUAAGUUCAACUGAAAUUACUUCAUUUUUUUCAUGAAAAUUAGUUCUUAUGUGAGAAAAUGAAAAACUCUAUGUGCAACUAUUUCAGAUAUUGGUAUUUUCAGUCUUCACAUAUUCUUUUCAUUUUAGAUAUAUAUACUUCAGUGAAAUGUAGUUUAAUUAUCAAUAUACACGCACCUGUAUAUCUUUUACUGAUAUAUGAUAUUUGUGGAAAAGUAUAUCUACUGAAAUUGUGUUCUUUGUAACAACCAGUACUUAUCGCUUUGCAUUGAAAUAAAUGAAACAUUUUUGUAUACAGAUAAAAAAUU